CCCGUGCUCGUAGUUAUUCAGAUUUUAGAUUUUAAAAAUAAAAUAUCAUAUUUUAAUGUAUUUUUCAGAAACAGUCUUAUAAGAAGUUUAGAUAAUAGUUUUGCAUAAUAAAAAAUAUUAAGUCAUGUUUAAACAAUAGCUGUGUAUUCAAAUUAUUUUUUUGUUCUACGUCGGGGUUAUUAUCCAUAAAUAAAAUAAUAAUAAAUAUUAAAAUGCAAAGUAGAAACGAUUCACUUUCGGUCCUUGGCCCCACAAUUAGCGGGUCUCCAGCAGUACUACUAACACCAGGAAGAACGAGAAAUAUCGCUCAAGAUAUGGAAGCUCUAAGGUUAUCAAGGCAAGAUAACCCGUAUUUACAGCAGGUUAUGGCAAGCAGAGAGAGUCUAAUAGAAAGUCAUCAUGAUGAAUGUGAAUCAGAUGAUACUAUUUUAAUGUCACAGGAAUUUGGUAGUGCACCUCUUGAGUUUGUAGAAGAUGAUCCUCUGACACUGAAAGAGGUUCAUGAACAUAUGAUAAGAUCACCACCGCCUACCAGCUGUUGGCCACAAGAUAAUCUGUCUAACCGAGCGUCCAGUGCAUUUGAUUUCGGAGCGGACAGUCCAGUCUCAUAUAGUGCUUAUUCAGUCAAUUCUCAGGAAAAGGAGCUUCUUGGAUCCAGAUCUCCUCGUCGUGGCACCCGGUGUGAUGAGACGAAAAACAAUAAUACCAGUAGACCUCGGUCUUCUAGAUCUGUAUCACCGCGAGCUCAUGAUAUGACGCUUAGUGGAAGACCACUGUCGUUACCAGGUGAAACCCAUCUGCGUACAGCAUUAAAUAAGAAGCAGAGUCAGCAAGAUAGAUUUUCGAUUCUCCAACCACGCCCUAUUCGGAGACCUCACGCCAAACGAUCAGAUGACAGUGUCCAACUGGUGCCGGACUGCGAUAAGUAACUCCUUACCAAAUUGUAACAUAUUGAACAUUGAAAUAAAAUAGCAAUUCGCAAAUAAGUUUACGGAGUUUUUGCCGGUUUUAAUGGAAAACCGCUUUUUGGAAUGCUAAGCGGAUGCUUAGAAAAUCGCUUCCACAUUAAAGUAAAGUUUUAGUUCGUAAUACGAUAUUAAUAUUUUAUUUUAAUAUGUAAUAGUAUUGGAAUUUGGCAAAAACAUACUAACGGGUCCUGAUGUAGUAGCUUAUAUUAUUUUACAAUUAGCAAGAUUGUUUUUUUUAAAUCUUAAUGGUGGAAAAAUCCCAGUAUUUUAAAUUAUUUAUAAAUGCUGUUUUGUUUCAAUAUUUGUAUGUUGGCAAUGUAUUUCUUAAAUGUGGAUGUUUGUCAUACAUGUGAAGUGUUUACAAAUUGACUCAAUGUUUUGACGGUAAGCAUUGUUAAGAUUCCUGUCAUUUGUCAAUUUGACAGUUGACAGAUUAAAAUGUGUGUGCAGAUAGAUUUCUAAUCUAUAAUUUUUUUGUUAAGGUUUUUAGUUAUAUCCCUACAUUCUUGCUGGACAAGAAUUUUCCAAUAUCAUUUUCUAAGUGUAGCAAUUCACAAAAACUUACAAUAUAAUUUACGUAUUAUCAAUAGGAUUGUAUUGGUACUUAACCAACCAAUCCAAAAUAAACAGACUUUUCCAAUGUAGAAUAAAAGUUUACGUCGAUCGAAAUUUAGGAAGGCAUAAUUAUUAUAAGUAGUUACAUUUAAUAUUGCUCAUUUAUAUUUGUUUGGAGCUCUUUGAAAUUUAAACAAGUUUAAUAUAAUGUUCAAGUGGAAUUUAGAAAUGCCUAAAUUCGUUAUCUUUUAGACAAAAUAAAAAAAAAUCAAUGUAAGGGACAUUAGGGAUUCUAUGAAUUUUUCAAUUAAAACGUAGGACAAUUUAGAUUUAAAACCUAUGUGUCUUAGAAACGCACAGUAAUUGGUAGUUUUAAAAGGUUUUAGGAAAAAUUGUAUUUAGAGCCAUGAGCUUGGCUAAGAUUUAUUCAUAAACGAAAGGAACCUCAGAUAGUUAUUUAAUGUGGGAAACGUGAUAAGGCAUUAUUUAACUAAUUAAGGUUUAUAGUACGUUUAUGAAUAAGACUAUUUAAAUAUAUGAAAUGAGCAUUCGUGUAAAACAUUCAGGGAGAAACUCAGGUGAUCAGGCCAUUUGUUGAAUGACACCGUUUAGUAAAAAAAUAAAAAGCUAUUUAGCUGUGACAUUUAUAUUAGUAAACUUUUAAAAAUAGGUAUAAUAGAUUUGUUCACUUGUUCACAUAUAAACCAUGGAGUUUUUAAACACAAAUGCGUUUUACCCCAAAAUAUGAGUUCAAUAGUAGUGGCUAUAAGCAAAGUAUAUUGUCUAUGAAACGUCACUUAAUUUAACGUCACAGCUUAACCGUCAAAUGGGUCAAUUGUUGAGAUUUUAAAAUUUCAGAUAAUUAGUGUCCACUUACACUAAUUUUUAUUUUUAAUUCUGUUUGAUAUUGGCUUUAAACAUUUAUAAUUUCAAGAAACCGCCAAAACGCGCUUCUCAAGGCAAGAUGAGGUCGCAUUCUACGAGCUCGUAAAUAAAAGUGAAAUUUUUGGCUACAUUCUUGCUGGACAAGAAUUUUCCAAUUUCAUUUGCUAAGUGUAGCAUAUCACAAAUACAAUAUAAUAUACGUAUAAUCAAUAGGAUUUUAUUGGUAUUUAACACAAGAAUCCAAAACAUUUACACAUUACCUAAGUCAUAAAGUCCAAGUUAGCAAUAGGAUGCCACUGUCAAAUAAAUUAUUUACGUCAUAAAUUCAACUAAUUUGUGAUUGUUUUGUGUAAAGUGACAGAUAUUUUUUUUAUAAAUCAAUGAAUUGUGAAAUAGCCUCGAAUUUGUGUGUGGUGUGUUGUUUAACGGAAAUUAGAAUCACUCUUUAUAACACCUGAAAAAGAGCAAUGGAGUUAUAGUAUUUAAUUGAUGUAACAGACUAUUUAUAGUCUGUUAUAUCAAUGGAUAUUCCAAAGUAUGCAUUCUAUGUCGGUGAUUAGAGAAUUCUCUAUCUAUUUUAUGAAAAGCUUUGUCGUUUACCCCUUUUCAUUUGUAUAUAAUCUAUGUACGUUAUAGGUACUAAAUUCUACUUUAUGUUAAGUCCUCAUAAUAUUUAUAUUGUUGUAUAUUUUUGACAUUAUUUCUAUCCUCAUGUAGUGUAAAUAUAAGCUCCGAAUAUGAUAAUUCGUUAAGUAGAUAUUAAUAACUUUUUGGUAUAUGUAAUAAAACAUUUAUAUAAAUAAUGUUUCCCCAAAACAUUGACUUCUCGUACUGUGAAUUUUUUUCGCCCUAUUAAAUUUGUUUCUGUUCUUUAUAAGUAACAAUAUAUAUAUGCUCUGUAUUACCCGUUUUAAUAUUUAUAACUCACAAUAGAUACGGAUAAGGUAAACAGUACACGGUUAUUUAGUACAUAAGGUUUUAUGAUGUUCAGACUAUUUGAUGAGAAAAAAUUGGCUUUGAAUUCCCUAGAAUAACUAACAAAAAGGAAAUUGUAAUGAAUUAUUGAAUAAGAAAAUGAAUUUAGUCUGAACAAUGAGUGUUUACCCGCUGCUAACGAAAGGUUUUUAAGGAAUUACUGAAAUAAGUAUUUCUACUUAAAGUACGUACUCGUGUACGCGUAUACAACGCGUAAACUUUAGAGUUUUUCCGGUUUGGCGUUGUUUAUGGCCAUUUUAUUGAAUAAUAUGCACGAUCUGUGCUCUGCUAUGAGCUGAAGAAACAAAGAUGUAGCGGCGGGCAAGAGACUCUUAACAGCUAAGAAAUAAUUAAGUUAAUUAAUAAGUCACUAUCUGGUGCCAUUGUAACAUUCAUUUAAGCUAUUGUUAACCUGUUUUCCUUGUUUCUAGUAUGUUUCCAUUAUGCUGCGAUAUUAAUUUUAACGCUAAGUUUUCGGGACAGUCGCAGGUCGAUGUCCAAUAAGUAAGCAACAAUAAAAAAAGUUGAAAUUA